AUGCCUUUAAGAGGCAUGAUGUUUGUCCAGCGGCAUGAGCGAAGGAGAAUGUAUUAUUGGGUAGGGACAUUUGUAUGCGUUUUAGGCGUACUUCUCUUGGUCGUUCUUCUACUCAAAAAUGUAAUGCGUGAUCAGAAGGUGGUCCCUUCCUUUAUUGGCGGGUAUUGCGCUAUUUUUGCCACGAUACUCUCUCUUUUUCAGAUUUUGGAGCAUCUUACCUGCUUUUCUGAUCCGGAGUGUCAGACAAAGAUCGUGCGUAUUCUAUUUAUGGUGCCACUUUACGCAAUGAUUUCAUGGAUAUGUAUACUUGCCCCCAGUGCUGCUGAGUAUCUCAACUUAAUUCGGGAUGCUUACGAGAGCUAUGCCAUUUAUGCCUUUUUUCAGCUGAUGAUCGCUCUUAUGGGGGGCAUGGAUACGGUUUACCGCGCACUCAUGCUGGAGGAAAGGCCGCCCAUAACGCAUUUUUUUCCAUUUUGUUGGAUGGAGCCUCUGAAGGUUUCACCGACGUUUGUGCGGAAUUGUCGUUUGUGCCUUUUUCAGUUUAUGGUGGUGAAGCCGCUUGUGACGGUGGUGGUAAUUAUUUUAACAGCCAAAGACGAGAUGGGCAGCAUUCUAGAUGUGCGUAAAGGAUACUUUUGGACGACGUUAGUCUAUAAUAUAUCAAUAACUACGGCCUUCACCGCUUUAGUCUACUUUUACACGGGGUUAAAAGAGUUUAUGGAGGGAACAGAUGCUUUUAUGAAGUUUUUGUGCGUAAAAGUAGUUAUAUUUUUAUCGUUUUGGCAGGGCAUACUCAUCCAACUUCUUUCCGCCACACAUCUUCUGCCAAGCUUCCAGUAUUGGUCAAAGGACCGCGUGCCACAGGGAUUGCAAGACCUUUUGAUUUGUAUUGAAAUGAUGUUCGUAUCAUUUGCACAUCGGUACUGCUUCGGAAGUGACUCCUACGCCUCAGACGUCAUUGUGGGGCCGGAGAACGGCGCCGACGAUGUCGAGGAUACGGCCGUAGUUUUCCCACACCGAAAUAUUCCACCGAUUCGGUACAGCGUGUCGGCAAACCUCAGAUAUACGCUGAAGCAUGAAGAUAUUAUGCACGAUUUAAAGGCUAUCAUGCAAAAUCGCUGA